GUGUUAGUGGAAUAUGUACAAGUUCCAUAAACAAGAGCUGUGAAGAAGAAUCAAGUGGAAGUGAUUGCUUGAGUCAUCCGCCUUUGCUGCGGCGAAAAUAGUAGGGAAGAAAACAAGGCUGAAAGAAGCAAAGGAACACCCGCCUCACGUCAAGUGCUGUGUAACCCGAUAUUCAGAUUUUUCAUGCUUGGUGUCUACUGUAUUGGAACAGGGAACUACAAAGAAACGGAAUACUGUCGGCAAAAUAUAUUCACCUAGUGUGUGUCCGCCGAAAUCCUGCGUUCAGUUCAGACGAGCGAAGAUAGACAAUAGACAACGGAGAAAGAUUGACAGGAUAUGUCGGCGUUAUAAAUGAAGGAGCUGCUAAUUUAUGCCAUUUUUUAUCGCUGUGUUCAAAGCAAUAUCAGAAAACAGAAAGCGUAGUUCGGGUGACAAACGUCUUUUACGAAACAUAGAUGUGGCGAAAAACAUUUCAUUACACAUGACGGAGCAGCGUAAUUCCAGUUGUUCAACGCAAAGGUAUUCAUAGAAUACCAUAUCAGGUGCGGGUAAUCGUGAACCACUUAAGCCCGGUAAAAGUAAACAAGCCUGAAUUGAAAAAGCGAAGAAAAACCGGCAAAAAUCAGCCGAGGGUGUAAGUGGUGGCCUUAGGCUGUGGAAAAGCCAGCCAGGAGAAACGCCGCUAGUGAGCGUACGAAGGUACGGGUAUAGAAACUGCAGUGUGCUUUCGACUGUUCAUCUGCAGGUUCCGAUCGGACGUGAAACAACUAGUGAUAGUGUGAUAAAGUCAUAAAAAAAAACAGAAUAAAACCUUAGCAAAACUGCGGCGGAAUCCCGCACUGUGAUUUCAUUUCUGCACACUCAGACUUCGAUGAUGGCGGAAGCCGCCGGUCAGCAGAACAAUGCCGCCGCCCAAGGAGCUGCCGGUCCGGGUGCUAAUAGCGCCGCAGCCAAUCCGGGAGCGAACAACGGGGUGGUUAACGCAAACCCCAACGCGGAGGUUAUCCGCGGCCAGCUGUUCGAGGUGGGCCCCCGGUACACUCAACUGGCAUACAUCGGAGAGGGUGCCUACGGAAUGGUUGUAUCCGCAGUAGACACCGUAACGAAAACAAAAGUUGCCAUCAAAAAAAUUUCCCCCUUCGAGCACCAGACCUAUUGCCAGCGGACGCUGCGUGAAAUUAAAAUUCUCACCCGAUUCAGACACGAAAAUAUCAUAGACAUUAGAGAUAUCCUACGGGUGCCUAGUAUAGAACAGAUGAAAGAUGUAUAUAUUGUUCAAUGCUUAAUGGAGACUGAUCUAUACAAACUAUUGAAAACACAGAGACUAAGUAACGACCAUAUCUGUUAUUUUCUGUACCAAAUUCUGCGUGGUCUCAAGUACAUCCACUCGGCUAAUGUUCUGCAUCGCGAUCUGAAACCGAGUAAUUUGCUGCUGAACACAACUUGUGAUCUAAAGAUUUGUGACUUUGGUCUGGCACGGGUCGCCGAUCCGGAACAUGACCACACCGGCUUUCUGACGGAGUACGUUGCCACUAGGUGGUAUCGGGCGCCGGAAAUCAUGCUUAACUCAAAGGGCUACACCAAAUCCAUCGACAUCUGGUCGGUUGGUUGUAUCCUGGCAGAGAUGCUCAGCAAUCGGCCAAUCUUCCCCGGCAAACACUACCUGGACCAGCUUAAUCACAUUCUCGGUGUGCUCGGUUCACCUUCCCAGGAGGAUCUGGAGUGUAUAAUUAAUGAGAAAGCUCGCAGCUAUUUACAGUCGCUGCCGUACAAACCAAAGGUACCGUGGUCCCGGUUGUUCCCGAACGCGGAUCCCAACGCGCUCGACCUGCUCGGUAAGAUGCUCACGUUCAACCCACACAACCGAAUCUCGGUCGAAGAAGCGUUAGCGCAUCCGUACCUUGAGCAAUACUACGAUCCUGCUGAUGAGCCCGUUGCGGAAGAACCAUUCCGCAUCGCGAUGGAGCUGGACGAUCUUCCGAAGGAGACAUUGAAGCGAUUAAUCUUCGAGGAAACAUUACGAUUCAACCACAAUGAUAAUCAUCCGGAUGCCAUGUAAUUUCCUCCGGACUUACACGGUUCGGGGCUUCGCGAGAGGCAUUUUUCUUCCACCGCUAUCAACAUUAACAGUAACAGCGAAUAUGGCAUCCACCAGGCCAGGAAACCCCAGUGCCCGUCAACAAAACAAAACCGUCUCCGACGUAUUGUGUCGGAGGGAUAUACAACACUUCCUUCGUGUUGUGAGCAACCUUCUGCUGAGGAGUCCUGCAGCGGAAAGUUUAAGUGUAUACUGUGACUCUGAAGCAAAAUGUUUCGUCUAAGCUGUUUUCACCUGAUGAGGUGAUGAGCACUCUUCGUUCUAUUCGAGAAAACAAAACAAAAAAAAGCAGACUUCUUCUAGUUGAUUAUGAAAUGUGAUUUAUGUUCUACGCAAACCGCUAGCUUCGAAAAGUGCAACCAUAGAAGAAAUCAAAACUUCAGAAGAGUAAUGCAAUGUCAUUUAGUUCGAUUAAUUUUAGAGCAAUUUACUUGGGGAAAUCCAGGAACGGUUUUCCCCACCAUUAUGUUUUCUUUUUAGUUGGCGUAAGAAAUUACCAGUAGCAAGUUGUUCACAUUUCACACACCCGCAGGCAUACGCAUGAUUUUUGUUCCAGUUAGUAGGAUUUGUCCCCAAACUGUUUAGGAAUCUUUUUUUUUAAUACUUGGAUUGUUGCAAAGCGAGUAGAAAAUUUUUUAUUUUAAAUUUACUAUUAAGAAGAAAGAAAAAAAAACAUAGGUAAACCAAAAAUACGAAAAUCAAUAUUAACAAAUUAUGUAAUAAGCAUGUAGUAAUAAGGGCUCUUUUUGUUAGCGGUUGAAGUCUCGGAAGGUUUUAAAAGCAUCACGACUUUUCAGCAUUUUUUGUAACGGCUUUCAAUUCGUACAUAUUUCGAUCGCAUCAGCUGCAUUCAAUGAUAGAGUAAAGUGGAUGAAUUUUGACGUUGUACCUUUUACAGUAAUGCACGAUGUUAAUGUAUUUCACCUCAUCCCACUCUACCAUUGGUUUCCUCUUCCUUUUGCACUUACAAGCGAUGUUGUGUUUCCGUUUGAAAUCUCAUGUUAAAAUCACAGGUUGGCAUUCGUGCCGAUUUACGUUGUGCACAAGAGUCACGUGUAUUUGGUAAAUAGCUUUUAAAUCUAGUAUCGACAAACCGGUUUCUGCUGAAAAUAUUCUGUAAGUCUAACCGUUUUUGGCGAUGAGCUAGUGCGCUUUACUCUGAACACGAUUCACUUUGUUUCAUCAGUGUACGGUAUUUACGGUAAACUUGUGAGAUGCAGGCCUUGUUUCGCAUCUCGCCCUCGUUGUCAUUCACGAUACAUACUGGGAAUGUGUUAUAUCAAUUAGUGAAAUAAUUACUCCAUGGCUACAAAAUUGUGAAGAAGCCUUCUCCACAGGCAGCUAUAUCGAGGUGCAGGCUGCAGGAAACGCUGUUGUUGUUUGUUGUCGCGAUGCAUUUUGGGGGUUCAUUCAAAUGAGAUUAAUUUUCAAUUGUUCCAUAGUUGUGGAAGUCCGUUUUAUUAUUGACUAUUUCCUGUACAUUAUGGUUUAUAAUUUAAGUAUCGUUGAAAUUUACGUCAGAACAUAUUGAACCGACCGGUUGUUUAAUGUUUGGAGGAAACAGCUACUCAUUUUCAGAUGCUCUCUUGUAACCAUUAUUAGGUUUAAUAAUAACGACUCUUUAUAGAGUCCGUGAAAACAGGAUCGUCAGUUUUAUCAGCAAAACUCCUUCACGCAGGAAAAUUUAUUCAGGCCUUUUUUUCUGUACUCAAAAAAAAAAGAGCUCAGAGACCCAUUGAAUCUUUUUGUUUUGCAACGUUUUCUACCUUCAAUUUCUGUAAUUUGAUGCUACAUUGAAUUUUAAGAGAAGUUAAACACUGAGAUUGGAAAUAAUUCUUUUAUCCAACGAAACAGUUUUGUGUUUCAUCCAGUCAUUUUUAGCAUUUGUCAAUCUAUUCCCAAAUUUGAUAAAAGUAUAACUUGUUUGCUUCCUAUCAAACGAGUUCACCUUUGAAGCAUCGCAGCAACAGCAAUUUAAUAUUUCCGAGCUCCACCUCAAACCCCAUACUGUUUCAGCUAACAGAAUAUUACACAAUUCGUCGUGAUAGCAUUGCCGUGUAUUCAAUCAAACAAAUCAAACAAAUCAAACGCAAAAAAAGCAUUCUUGGUGUUUCAUUUGAUCUUUUAGUCUCGCUCAGCACGCUUAAGCAAAAAAAAAAAAAAUCACAAUCGCUGUGCAACAGUUAUUCAAAGUCUCCGUGAGAAAUUAAAGCAAGUUGUACAAGAUUUACCAUAAACUAAGGUGUGCGAUCGUUCGACGUUCGAAUAUGAACCGUUAAUGUACAUUAGAGGAACAAUACGGGCGUCUCAGAAAGUGUAAUUAACGAUUAAAUUUCUAUAGGGAGAAAAAAAAAACAAGGCAGAAACAAGUGUGUUUUGAUCGGUACUUGUUGAGCGAAAACAUCGUGAUAUUUUCGGCCAGGGAGUAACAAAAUAUGUCGUACAUUGUUGUAUUACUGUCGAUAGGUUAGCAGCUAUAAAUACAGAUGAAAGACAAGCAAACAAAUAACAGUUUACAGAUUAUAUGAAUGAAUGUCUUACUUCAUUGUCGGCAAGCAGCAACCAACUAUUCCAAAUUUUACACCUGCUGUUGCAAGUUAUGUGAAAUUGCAUUACGGUGGUUCAUAGACGGUAAACACAUAAACAUUUACAAACAAUAAGUGAUAUAUCUAACAUGCUGAGGCAAAUGAGACUAGUUUUCUAGUUUAAGACUUUCUAGAUAGGUUUAAAAUGUAACGGAUACUAAAUCAAGCAUGUAACAAUUAUCUAACAUUACAAAUCUAGUAGCAUUAAGAAACCAGCAGAUGUACUUACGGUUUGGGCAACAGAAAAAAAGAAGAUCGAUUGAUAAAAAACUAAAACAUUUACCUAAUGACAGCAUUUAUCAACAUUACGAUAUUGUCGACAAAAAAAUGGAACUAUUGAAGCGAACAACCCACGAAUUCUUCGUUCAGUGGCCAUAAACGUCGGUUAGUGUAUAUACAAAUUUGACGGUUUUUAACGAACAAUUUAUGCACACCCCUCCCGCAUGACAUUAGAGCAUCCAGAUUAUUUUAUCCCCUUCGUGGUGUAAUCUUUGGAAUGUUGACUGCUAAACUGGCAAAAGCAUCAGCAAUCGCGUUCGCGUUCAUAAAAUCUCUUGUUGUAGACAUACUCAACCAUCAUCAACCCAAACUUCACUGCUGCAGCUUAAAGCGCAUAGCCGUAGAACAACAGACUAAACAGUAUGUGCAGUUCUAAAAGUAAAACAAAAAUCAGUAAAAGACACGUAUAUUUGAUGCGCUGUGUACAGAUGAAAUUUUGUUCUCUAGUGUGUAUAGGUUAAAUUAGCCCUUUAAAAUCUACUUCAGAACGUAGAGGAUAAGUUUAUUUCAUUGGAGGCAUUUGCUGCUGAAUACAUUGUUGCAGUAUUUCAAUACGAAGGAUAACGUUUCCAGCCGAACUCGAAUUGACUAUAUUUUCUCUGGAUGUUAUUUCAAGUGUUUAUCAAUAUCUUCGUGAGUAUUAAUAGGAAUCAGUCUUUCUGUAUUACACACAUCAAUCGUUUGAUUAUAUAUAAAGAAAAAAAAUUACAAGAUAAUAAAUGUUGUGGCAAACCAGCAGCAACAAAAAAAGUACUUGAGCAUGUAGUGAGUAACGAGCAUUAAUCCUAGAUGAAGCAGUCGAUAAAAUCAAAACUAAAAGUCGAAAUAUUGAGACAAACAUUACUACAAACUAAACAUCAUUGUCAACUUACACACAAGGAGAACUUUUAUCGACACAGAGCGAAGGGCUUUAGCACAAUCAAGUCUAACCGGUUGUGUGGUACGGUUACUUCCGGGGAAGAUAAAACACGGUUGCGUGAGAAAUUAUGAGCGGAUAUUAAUUAUCCUCUGAUGGGCGUGUAGAAUACUUAGAUUAUCGAAGAUGGCGAAGAGUUCACUUCAACCAGUCAAACGUGCUAAGGAUUGAGGCAGAUGCACAUUAGGGUGCCAGUACUUGAAAUACAUAGCCUCAUUUUAUGUCAACUCAGAGCAUGGCUUCGAAACUUACUAUCAAUAAAAAAGGAGUAAUCUCAACUCGACUAUCAAACCUUUCAAAACGAACUUUCCACAUCUCAAGUUAAAAAAUAAGUUCUAUUGAGUUUGCAACAUUGUUCAGCAUUUCACAAUUAUGGAAGUUGCGACUCCAGAAAAAAGUUUGCCUAGAAAUAGUCACAAGACUGUCACCCCAAUGCGCACCCGUAAUUAAGAGGAGAAAACAAAUUUGUUCAAAAGGUAUAUAAAUAAAUAGGUAUAUCAUUUAGUGAAA